AACAACAACCCCAAUAAACCACAACAACACACACAACGAAAAUAAAACAGCGCAAAGCAACCACCACACAACGCACGACCUGCUACGCAUUCCUCUCCCAUCUUUGUACACCUCCACCGCCCCAACACACACACCGACACACGCGCGCGCACACACACACGCAGACGAGAGGGCUGCUGUAGCCAUGCCGUCCGUACAAGACCGGUCCAAUGAGUUCUUCCACACCGUGCGCAGCGUACAACAGCAGCGGGGCAUGCUUGCCUCUGCUGCGACGAACCUUGCGCCAGUUGCCGUGGAGAAGACACGUCCCUUCGCCGUUGCAUUGAAGAUUGCAAAGACGAUUGAGGACACCAAUGCACAGAUUGAGCGACUCAAGAUGCUCACGAGGAGUGGGCCUUUCAGUGACAACCCAAGAGAAGUGGAGAAGCUCACAGACAUCAUCAAGGAGGACACGUCAAAGCUCAACAGGGCGAUUGCAGAUCUUGCCGACCACGUCAAGCGCAACGCAGGCUCAUACAGCAACCACAGAAGAAAACACUACAACGCCAUGGUAUUGACGCUCCAGGGCCGCCUUGCCACCAGCUCAAAGGCCUUUCAAGCCAUCUUGGAGGGGAGGACAAGCGCGUUGAAGGCGAAGCGGAAACGCAUGCAGAAGUACACGGGCAGGGGCAUCUCGGGCCCAACAGUUGGCAUGGGAGCCCUCAUGUCUGCGGUGGACUCGGCAGCGCAGCCGUCAACAAACGGGCGCACAGAGACCAUCCUUGACAUGUCGGACAUGCAAAUGCAGGAGUUCAUGGAAGCACAAGAGGACACGUAUGUGUCGCAGCGUGCUGAGGCUGUGCAGACGAUUGAGUCGACGAUCCAGGAGCUGGGCAAGAUCUUCUCGCAGAUGGCCGAGAUGAUCCAGAUGCAGGGCGAAAAACUCGAGCGCAUCGACGCCAACGUCGAGGACGUGAGCAUGAACGUGGAUGCGGCACACAGCGAGUUGAUGAAGUACUAUCAGAGCGUGUCCUCGAACCGAGGCUUGAUGCUCAAGAUCUUUGGUGUCCUCGUCACCUUCUUUGUCCUGUUCAUUGUGUUCCUUGCUUGAUCUGGCAUGCAUUUGGGAGUCUGUCACCACCAACUGUCCACCAAGAGCCAUAGUACGCCACCACCGCCACGACCGAGUACAACAACAGAAG